AUGGAAUCAAGUUCAUUUAUAGAAAAUAUGUCUUUACAAGUGCCAUAUUCUAUCGAGUAUGACAAUGAAGAUCAAAGUAGCCGUUCCAGCAGUGUAACAUGUAGCAAUACUAGCAGUAGCAGCAGUUUUACGGAUGACGAAUGGAUUGCACUUGAUGGUACUGAUAAAAAUGUUGACAAGAAUCAAGUAUUAUUAUCAGUUGGAGAUAUCGACAUCAUUGCUCAAGUCUUACCAAAUAUUGUUCGAGUACCUUGGCAAGAUGAAUUGACAAGGCAAUCAAACAAAAAUGAAAUGCUCUAUUGUUGUCUUGGCAUUAGUCCUAGUCAGUUUCGAAGACUAAUCCCAUCAAAAGAAAACCUAAAUCGUAAUACAUCACAUAUGGCUAUUCUCUAUGCUCAGAUGGCCAUGCAAUAUACACUUGAGCAAAACAAUCAAUUUGCAGAGAAUAAUGUUACCAUAUCACUUGUUGUGCUCAUUGUGGAUGCCAUUCAAAAAUAUAAUUUUGCCGUCUUCAAUGACAAACAAUUGAAAACAGGUACAGCUCUCAAGUAUGCUCUAGAAGAAGGCAAUCGAUUGUUCGAUAUAUUUACGCAAGCUCGAGUUCGACUUUCAUCAGAACUUGCUCAACAUGUUACUAUCAUUCGUUGGAAUGACAUAUGUAAUGAAAAAUAUGAUGCAUAUGUUCGUAUAUUGCAACAACAUAUGACAACAAGCAAACAAUUUGUUGAACUUAUCAAUGAUGUAGUACAAGUAUUUAUUGAUGUGCGCAAACCAAAUGGUUGUUUUACCGAGCAACAACUUCAAUAUCUUCGAGAAUAUGUUCUGAAUGAGUUACCUGCUCUGAUACAUGGUCCUGUUUAUAAUGGUCACCUAUAUUCCAUCAUUAUUCAUCCAAUUUUAUCAUCAAAUAAUGCAAAAAAUGAUGCUCAACGUGAAUUGAUACUUCGUCUUCUAAAUUAUGUUCGUCAUUCAUCUGAACUAUGCUAUUACUUAAAUAUGAUCGAACAAGUACCGAUGUGUGAAAUUUAUGAUAUUGCAAUACCAGCUUACAAAUUACCAGUUAUUCCAUUAACUGAAAUAAACUAA